AUGACGAGUAUUGCCCACGGCGCAAAUGUCGAUAUGAGAAAUGAAAAAGCCCGCGCGCGUUAUGCCGACGGCGGUAGCAUCGACAGCGGUGAUGGUGGUGGCGGCGGCGGCGGCGGCGGCGACGGCGGCGGCGGCGUCGGCGGCAUUCUAAAUUUAGGAGCCGCCGUCGGAGAGAGAAAAAGAGGGAGCCGCGCGAGGAACGAAACAGUGCAGGAGGAGACAGAGGAGAAGGAGGUACAGGUGGAGGUGGAGGUGGAGGUGGAGGUGGAGGAGCAGGAGGAGAAAGAGGAGGAGGAGGAAAAGGAGGAAGAAGAGGAAAGGGGAUGA